AAUAAAUACUACGAAGCUGUGGCUUGGUUGUUCGUUUCCCUCGCUCGCUUUGUUUCGGUAUCAUCAGUUGAUGGACUGAUAAAAUUUUUGCUCUGUUUUUAUCCAUGGCGUGCUGGGCAAUCAUCGUCACUGAGUUGUAAAAUUUAAGGCUCCAUCUCCAUCAACCGAGGAUAUAUAUUCUACAGUCGGCGCCUCUCUCUUUGCGUGUGUUGGAGUAGCGACAAUUGCAGCUGCUUCUACAAGGUUCUUCAAGAAGGCUUAAGAAGCUCUACGGUUUCUGGCUUCAGAUCUGUUUUCUGAUCGUUUAGUUCUUUGAGUGCCUGUGAUGGUGUGGAGCUUUGAAGUUCGACAGGUUUCGAUUUCAAUGAAUUUUCCGUCACUUGGCUGAGAUUACAAUCAACUUCCUCCACUUCUCUUUUACUCGGCAACUUCUGGCGAGGACUUGCUGCGGUUUGACAUGUGGGAUCGAAAACGUGAAGCUUUCUCGACGUACAAACGAUUAUCGUUUAAAGAGAACUCCGAUCCAAUUGACAUGGAGGAUAAUUCUUCAGCUCGUUCGCAGAGUGGUAGGGAUUUCGCAGACUCAACCCCUUCGUGGAGAUUUUCUUUACCGCACGUGCUAGUGGCAACCCUAACUUCAUUUCUAUUUGGCUACCACCUUGGAGUAGUUAAUGAACCACUGGAAAGCAUUUCAGCGGAUCUUGGUUUCAAUGGGAAUACAUUGGCAGAAGGUUUGGUUGUGAGUACGUGCCUGGGUGGUGCCUUAGUUGGUUCUCUACUGAGUGGUUGGGUAGCUGAUGGGGUAGGGCGUCGUAGGGCUUUUCAACUGAGUGCCUUGCCAAUGAUUGUUGGUGCUGUAAUGAGUGCAAUGACCAAAACUCUGGCUGGGAUGCUAUUGGGACGACUAUUUGUUGGGACUGGAAUGGGUCUAGGCCCUCCUGUUGCUUCUCUCUACGUCACGGAGGUCUCUCCUGCAUUUGUGAGGGGAACAUAUGGAAGCUUCAUUCAGAUUGCUACAUGUCUUGGACUGAUGGCAGCCCUCUUAAUAGGAAUCCCUGUCAAGGAGAUAGUAGGCUGGUGGCGUGUUUGUUUCUGGGUGUCUAUAAUUCCGGCUGCAUUGCUAGCUCUAGGGAUGCUAUUUUGUGCCGAGAGUCCACAUUGGCUAUAUAAGCAAGGACGGACGGAGGAAGCGGAAACUGAAUUUGAGAAGCUUCUUGGUGAGUCACAUGUAAAAUCCGCUUUGGCAGAAUUGUUCAAGUUUGCUAGGGGAGAUGAACCAGAUUCUGUAAAACUUUCUGAAUUGCUCUUUGGUCGCCAUUUUCAAGUGGUUUUUAUUGGAUCAACACUAUUUGCUUUACAACAGCUAUCUGGUAUAAAUGCUAUAUUUUAUUUCUCCUCAACUGUGUUUAAAAGUGCGGGAGUACCAUCAAACCUUGCAAAUGUCUUCGUGGGAAUUUCAAACUUAGCAGGAUCUAUAAUUGCAAUGCUUUUGAUGGAUCGAUUAGGAAGAAAGCUGCUUCUUCUAUGGAGCUUUUCUGGGAUGGCAGUAUCAAUGGCCCUCCAAGUUAUCGCAGCAAGUUCUCAUUCCUUAGACUCCGGAGCUCUAUAUUUGUCUGUAGGUGGCACGUUAAUGUUUGUCUUUAUGUUUGCUCUCGGAGCUGGUCCGGUUCCAGGUCUUCUUUUACCAGAAAUUUUACCCAGUCGGAUAAGAGCAAAAGCUAUGGCAAUCUGCAUGUCGGUACAUUGGGUGAUAAAUUUUUUUGUCGGAUUGCUCUUCCUACAAUUGUUGGAGAAGAUGGGACCACGGCUUCUGUACUCUGUUUUUGCUACGUUCUGCUUGAUUGCAGUUGCAUUUGUGAAGAGAAAUGUAGUGGAAACCAAAGGAAAGUCACUUCAAGAAAUUGAAAUAGCACUCCUCCCUCAACAAUAAUAUGCAUCAACACCAAGUUCCCCAAAUUUCAUGAAGAUUGCUGCAGGAUAUGCUGGAUUGCUUACAGUCCUAAGCAUCUAUUUAACCGAUGCCAUCGCUUAUCGCAUAGUUUUGCAUCUACAACAAAUGAGAUCCCGUUUCUUUAGCCAAAAAUUGUAUGUGUGUAAUGUAGUUUAGAGCAGUAUUGACCUGUCACAAAUGAGUGUGUAGUAGAGACCUCAAAACUAUGGUGUAAUAUAGAGAGAUACUAGACUUGAUUUUGCCGCACUUUUUUCAUCAACUUCUUGAUAUGAUAAGUAUUUUAGGUUUUAUCUA